CUCUGGCUGCUGAGAGAAGCCCCAAUCCAAGUCCAACCUUCGACAUCGUCCCACCAGUCUCUUGACGCGUCAAGGCAGCAGCAGCUGAAUUCCAGUCAGAUUAUCUCUACGCGCGGGUCACCGGACAGGUCGCGAGGGGCAAAGCCGAUGGACACCGCGAAGCUUUUCUUGUCACAGACAGCACUGGUUGUAGACGGAGGCUUGCUCGCGUGGAACGAAUCUUUGGCACGCACAGACGCAAUCAGAUCUCAAUAACACACCGCAGUGAUGUCCGGGGCCAGGGGAGGCGCUCCUCACGCGCCAGGGCAGCAACAUCGUAAUGGGCGUCCUUUGUGGAGCGACGGCGCGGGUGGCGGACCUAGCAACACGCCAUCGCCCGCUGCUGGUUCCAAUUUUGCUCACCAACAUCAUCCGAAUCUAGCACCUUCAUACGCGCAGCCACCCAAUCGCCCUCCGGCCUACAAUGGCUCUCCCCAGUCUCAGUCAGGUCACCUUUCUCCACGAAGCUAUGCGGCUCGCCAAUUUCAGCAACAGCAGCCACAACCACUGCAGCAUCAUCCGCGGCCCCAGCCUCAUGUGCAAGGGCCUUUGAAUGCCGCUCAAGCUCAAGGCUGGGCGGCCUUGGCGCCUCAGGGUCAGCCCUUGACGCCGGGCGGUAGUUAUCAGCACGCGGUGAAUAAUGUCUACUUUCCCGCCGCUGGUCCGCCUCCCAUUCCGCAGCACGACGCAGCCCCGCCUCACGCUGCACAUGGACCACCACAGCAGCACCACGUGCCUGGCAACAUCGCUCCCCGUCCACACAGUGGUGGGCAGCCCUACCCUGCCGGCAACCAUCAGCAAGCGCCUUUUGCAGGGGUGGCGCAUCCUCAUGCAGCUUGGCAAGGAGGUCAGCUGCCCUCCGUAUUGCGACCACAUGUACCAGCACCUCCCCAGCCAGCAUACGGCUCGUCUGGCGCUCUUGGCGAUUCCUUGGAUGGGGACCUUGACGAUGAUGGGGAUGGUGCAGAUGACGAGCAAGGAAAGAAUGCGGUGCAGAAAGGAGCGUCAGACUUUGUCAAGAAGCUCUAUCGUAUGCUUACCGACAAUUCUUACGCAACAAUCGUCUCAUGGUCGCCUGCUGGUGAUAGCUUCUUGGUCAAGAACAUGAGCGAUUUCACAAAGCACGUUCUACCUCGUCACUUCCGCCACUCGAACUUUGCGAGCUUCGUCAGGCAGCUGAACAAGUACGACUUUCACAAAGUAAAGAAUCCAGGAGAGCAUGGCCAGGGCGUGGAUCAAGUGUGGGGCUUCAAGCAUCCUGACUUCCAACGAGGACGCGAGGACCUGCUGGAGAAUGUGAAGCGCAAAUUGCCUUCUGGUAAGAAGGCUGCCAGGGACAACAGCCCUUCUAUGCCAGGUGCUGCAGAUGCCGCAGACAAGGGAGCCGAAGAUUAUGGCCAACUGAAAGACCAGGUUGCUGCCUUGACAGCUACGCAAGAUCAAAUGACCUCGCACAUGAACAACUUGACGAAGCAGUACCAGGGGGUUAUUGGAGAGAUGCUGACCUUCCAGCGCAACAUGCUCCAGCAAGAUCAAUUGAUGCAGCAGCUGAUUCAGUAUCUCAUGCAAGAGUCAUCGCGCCGAGCUGCUAUAGAGGAGCAGUCCGCAACACCAAGUAGCUCUAGCAACGGUAAUCCGGGUGUGCCUUUGCUCGAAGGCGCACCGACAAGCAGCGCAUUCAUGGCUCCACAUGAGGCUCAGGAUCUGAUCUCCUCCUACACCACUCUGGCGCGGGAUUCAUUUGCGGCCAUGAACCAAGUGUCUGCACGCAUUCAUGCCCAGCAACGUCAAAAUUCAGAUGACCAGUCCAAUGGAGGACGUCAGCUUAGUCACGCCACUCUCGCCUCGUUGAUCAGCGGAGACAACAAUAGUACUCACAAUGGGUCAGGAAAUGGCGCCCUGUCACCGAAGAGUAGCGUCGCAAGAUCACCAGCGGCCACGACUGACUUUGUCGACAAGGGCAAAACACCUCAGGCGACUGGUCAAGCGAGCGAGAAACGCCCCCCGGUCUUUUUCCAUCCUCCACACUUUGAUGCUAACGAGGCAGGUGGCUCUAGCGCCAAUGACUUGUUCAAUGCAGUCUCAGCGGCGGUUGGACAGCCUCCUAACUACGUAGGAGCAGACGGCGGAGGACUCAGGGUGUUUACAGUCGGUACUUUGCAGCCGCGCGCUGAGUCGGGCACCUUCCCCAGCGAUGGCUCCGGGUCUCCUGGUGCUGCGCUCUUGUCGGGGCUGAAGCGCUCGUCGCCGGGCGAGCCGCAGGCUGAGAGACGAAGCGGAUCUGCGGGAGCAGAGGGCACUUCAUCUUUCGGCAUCAGCGUGCCCGAACUCGAGCAGCUACCAUUGAGCAUGCCCCGCGUCGAUCGUCGAGCUUCCACUGUCCCUACUCCUCUUGGCGCAGGUGCGACCUCGGGAGAUAAUGCAGAGGCUGGACGCGCCUCUGUGGAUAGCAGGGGCGAAACACCCUCGGAAGGCGGAAGUAAUAUGCUGCGCGUGCGAAGAUCCACCUACAUCCCUGGCUGGUCGGUACCUCCAAAGGUGCUCGUUGUGGACGACAAUGAGGUGUGCCGAAAGAUGUCGUCCAAGUUCCUGCAAGUCUUUGGUUGCGCCAUUGAUGUUGCUGUGGACGGGGUGAACGCGGUCAACAAGAUGAAUUUGGAGAAGUACGACCUCGUUCUCAUGGACGUGGUCAUGCCAAAUCUGGAUGGUGUAUCUGCGACGUCGCUUAUCCGUCAAUUCGACCCACGAACACCGAUUAUCUCGAUGACGAGCAAUGUAGCUCCCGAGCACUUGCUCGACUACAUGAAGAGUGGCAUGGAUGACGUCUUGGCGAAGCCCUUUUCCAAGCAAAAUUUGCUCAGCAUGCUGGAGAAACAUCUCAUUCACCUCAAGACUGUGCAAAAGAUGGAAGAAAUACCUCACUCCCUCGGUCUGCCUCGCAUGCCCGAUGAUGCGCUCGCUUCGGUGCUUUCUGCAACCGCUGCUAGUGCGGCUCACUUUGGCGGAGCCGCCGACUCCGCUUCCUCGUCUAUGCCUUCGCCGUGGGCUGCCAUCAUGGGUCAUGGACCUAAUGCUGUCAGUCGUUUCCAGAAUGCCGACACACCUCCCGAAGAAAAGGGCAGUGAUGAUGAAGAGGGCACAGAUAAUCCGCUUGCGGGCAUGGGAUUCUCGGACGAAGAGUACAUCUCCAUGCUGCAGAACCUCGUUGCUGCAGGAGCCGUGUCGGACGACACGAACGGCGAGAGCGCAGACACGAUUGCCAAUGCGCUUGGCGUGAUCAGGGGCGAGGGUGUAGGAGCAGCAUCCAGGUCGAAAGAGAGCACACCUACGGUGCUCGGAACUCGCAAACGCUCCCAAGACGGCGAAGGCAGCGAGGCGAAGCGUAGCCGCCCUGCGGGUGUCCCUGCUUGAGGUCCGACUGCAGCAAAGCCGGUGCUCGUUGCGCUUUGCACCUGCACAACGGCGCUCUGCGCGAGACUCAUCUCUCUCUCUUACCCCAUGUGUACUUGAGCGCGCAUUCUGUCAUGAAUGGAUCGCAUACGAUAUCUCCUCCACGCGCUCAAGAGGUGGGAGCAUUUACUGUC